AUGGAAAAAGAUAAUACCAUUGAAGACCUUCAAGGAAAAUAUGAGGUUUUGAACGAAGAUCACAGAAUACUCAAAAGUGAUAUAGAAGAUAGAGACAACUUUAUUGCUAGACUGAAAAGAGGAUCAAGAAGUUUUGAAGAUGAGGCGUGUGAUAGGGAAGAACAGUUGAAGAAAAAUAUAGAAUCUCAUGUGAAAUUGAUAGAGAAAUUGAAUCAAGAGAUAAAACAACUGAAAGAAGAACAGAACGUGAAGCAAACAGAAAUCAGUGACACAGAAGUUAAAUACGAAAUACAAAGACAAAAUUUAGAAGAACUGAAAAGCAAAAACCACAAAAUGGCUACGAGUAUAACGAAUCUGCAAUCUGAAAUAGCAAAACUUGUUUCUGAAUCAAGAAGUGGCAAAAUGGAAAUCGCUGAAUUGAAUGAAGCACUACAAAGCUAUAAAAAUGAGCAUAAAGCUAUAAAAGAAGAAAACCUCUUGCUAUUAGAAAAGAUGAAAGCACAGAGUACGACCUAUAACCUUCUAGAAGAUAUGAUGGAUAGCGCAGAUCAAACUGAAAAAGAUCGAACUAUAAAUAAUAAAGAAGAAAUCAUAGCUAAAAUGAAAGAGGAGGUAAAAGAACUCAAAGAAAUUAAUAAAAGUAUGACAGUUUCCAUAAGUGUGUUGGAAGAGGAGAACAAAAGGCUAGAGAAAGAGUUGAAGGAAUUACAAAUGGAGUUUGACCAGAUUUUAGCAGAACAUAUUUCAUCAGAAAAAUCACUGGUUGUAAAUGAUACAGAAUCGAAAACUAAAAAAACUACAAAAGUAAUCACUAAAAAUACGCACAACAAACUAAACGUUAACUCUACCAAAAAACAAGCAAACAUCACCAAUAUUCAUGACGCAAACAUCAUUACUAAUAUGAAUGAUGCUUAUCCCAAUGAUUCUAUCGAAGUUAUUGGGUCAACUAUAAACUACCAGUAUGGAAAAUAUUUGUUACCCUAUCUUGAAAGUCACCUUUCUGAUAAAUUUGACGUACAGAUUGUGACCAAACCUAAUGCUUUAUUCGUUGAUGUGAUAGGGGGGCAUGAAGAAUCAAUUUCCAAAAUGUCGAGCUCGGACUAUGUUAUAGUAAUGGCGGGGCUAAAUAACAAUAACGUGAAACUGAGUGAUAUCACCCUAAUUGCCAAUACUUGCUUCUACACCAACCUAAUUUUUUGUACCAUACCUGCAAAAUGUACUGAUGGUUUGCCAUAUUGUCAUGUCGACUAUAUAAAUGAUUCUGGAAUUCUGCAAUACAUUUUGCAGCAGUAUUGGAUUGAUCUUGAUGAGAUGGAAAUCAUUUGA